AGCUUCAAUCAGACGAUGGAGUCAAAAGCAGAUCUGUUCAUCUUUCAUCAUCCUCAUCUGCGACUCACGGUACAUCUGUGACUCCGGCGAUCAUCCUCGUCAUUCAUCAUCUGAAAUCCUCACCAAUCUGAUUUUGAGGAGUUCUGCCGCUCGAAGAAAUCCUUUCACCGAUCUGAUUCUGGUGACACCGAUCUUCAUUUCCUUUAAGUUCUAGUUUCAUUGUUAAUGGUUCAGAUUCAUGAUACUGUGUCGAAUUGCUAGGGUUACGGAAGCUAGAAGUUGUGAUUUUGUUUUGUUUGUGUUUGUGUUUGAUUAACUGAUUGACUCUGUUUUUUUUCGUGCUUAAUUGUGUUUUGGAAAGUGAAAUUAGGAUUACUGAUCUGAUUUUAAUUUUAGGUUUUACAGAAAUUAGAGCUCCUGAUCAUGUGUUUCUUCUUGCAUGUUCGUAUUCAGUUGUGUUUAGGAAAGAAAUUAGGAUUAGUCAACUAUUAGAUUCACUGAUCGAAUUACAAUAUGAGGUUUUAUAGAGUUCAUGACUCUGUUUUAUAUUUUAUGUGUUCGUAUUAAGUUGUUAUGAACAAUGCUGCAUCUUGUUAAUUCUGCGAUUUUAGAACCAAUUUAAUUUGGAAUCAUGUUGUUAUGAAUGAUGUUGCAUCUUGAUAUGAUGAAUUUUGGAUUGAUUAGGUUAAUUUUGGUUUUUAUUGCGAGUUUUUGGUGAGAUUAGGGUUUGAGAUCUACGAUUUAGGUUAUGAGAUAUGGAGAGGGUUUGAGAGAAAAUGAGCACAGUAGUAAACAACUUUGUGAUCAGAUGGGUAAUCUUCUUACUAUGGUAUGUUUUUCAGUGAUUUUGUUAAUGGGAAUAGGAAGUUUUGUUAUGCAUGAUUGCAUGCACUCUAGAUGUUUGUUGAAAUGCCAGUGCUGAAUUUUUUAGUUUGUUAGGGUUCUUUUGGUUCAAGUUCUUGAUUAUUGAAGCUUGAUUGUUUAUGAUAUUCCAACUGCCCUUUAACACACCUUGGUGUUUACUAGACAGUAGCCAAUUGUGGCAUAAUUUUCAAGAAUUAGCAAUUGAAGCAAGUUAUAAAGUUUAUGCUUAUAAAAUAGUUAUCAGCAUAGCUAUCAAAGGCGCGAAGCGCACUCUAGGCACAUAGGCACCAAUUUGGGCCUAGGCGCCAAAAGCGCCUACAUCAUUUUGUUACGGCGAAAGAUUCUUUUGUUUAGGAAGAAAUUUAUUGAUGUCGCGAUUGAUAGCUACAAAAUGAUGUACCAUAGUUUUUAAUGUGUAGUUUGUAGCUGUGGGUGUGAUCGGUUUUGGCGUGUGGAUUAGCACUCAUCAUGAUGGUUGUAGAAAAUAGCUCACUCUUCCGGUUUUGGGUCUUGGUGCUGUAAUAUUCGUGAUGAGAAUAUCUUUGAAUGGCAAUUUGCAAUUAGGGGGCCAAAUGAUACUAAAUUUGAAGUUAGGUGCUUUGGGCUCAUUAUACUACAAGAAAGAAGAACAGCGUGAUCUUGCAGUUAAAUCUCGUGAAACUGCACCGAAGUUUGGUUCUCCUGAUCAUCAAAAGCUCAUUGAUGAGAUUCACGAGUACAUGAUCAGUAAGGCAUCUCCGGUCCCUCAACCUAACUCCCUGGAAUCUUCAGAACCACCAGCUGCCGCCACAGAACAAUCCUGUGAAACACCGGUUAGUCCUGCUAACACUAAUGCUAUCACAGAGAUAACUGAGCACGAAGAACAACAGCAUGAAGUUCCUUUAAACGAGAACCAAGAAGCUGAAGAGUCAAGGGUGUCAGCGCAGGUGGCUCCUGUUAUACCUCCUGCAACUGUAACGCACCAACCGAUGCUUCAGAAGCCGGCUGAUGACCGCCUGUUCACAAUAGCAGCGGUUGGACUGGCGCUUGCUAUUGUUGUGCUUCUGUUGAAGAAGUUGAUGAAAGCCAGUUUUCUAUGAUUAUGAAAAUUUGAUAAUAUGUAAACUUUAAGUGGUAUUUGAUGUUUUAAGUGGAAUAUGUAUUUUGUUAUGAUAACUUUGGUAUUUGAUGUUUUAAGUGGAAUUUUUUAUAUAAUUGUGAAAAUUUGAUAAUAUGUAAAUUUUAGAAUUGAUACUAU